GGACCUCAGACCGGACCAACGUGGUUCCUAGUGAGGAGUCUGGCUCAGAGGCCUCCAGGUAGGGAGGGAUCAAAACCUGCAGUAGAUGAAAACCGUAAAUUACCAAGCUUUCAUGUCUCUCUUGUUUCUAUGGAUGUGAAUGAUUAACAGUUCGUUGAUUAAUUGCUGUUAGUAUUUUCCAGAUGAUCACAGGUGGAGGGUUCUGGUGAGAAUCUGGUUCUGGUUUUUCUGUGUGGAGUUUCCAUGUUCUCCCUGCUGGGUUCUCCAUGUUCCUCACACAGUCCAGAGACCUGCUGAGGUUAACUGGUGCUUCUAAACUCUCUGUAGGCGUUAAUGUGAGGCUGGUUGUCUGAUGGACCGUUACCUGUCCAGGUAAACCUUCACCUGACCUGGACGGAUGAAGGUCAGCUGGGCUAGCCCCCCACCUCUCACUCUCUCCCACUCACACUACAGAGGAUAAACAGGUGUAGAGAAGAUGGAUGGAUUUAACGGAUUAAAAAUACAUUAACCAAUUAGGCAGCACACGAAGGUUGUGAUGUCAGUAAAUGUAGAUGUAGUUCCUGGUUGUUCCACCAGGUGGAGCCUCUUCCUGUUUAAUCUAUUGGAGACCAGAGGAGGCGUCACUCAGACUACAGUUAAAGCAGAGAGAAUUGUGGAAGUUUAGCAGCAACGGGCACCAUGACAAAGACUUCUGUGGUGGUUAAUGAGCUCCAGCCAGAAGUUCUGAGCUGAAGAUGAGCUGAUUCCUGCUGAGUGUUAGCUAACAUAGACUCAAAAACAAUUCUGCCAACAUAUGUAAGGAUGUCCGCUGUACUGAACCUGUUAUUGAUUAAUUGAUCAUUGAUUAGACCAAUGCUUUACGAAGUGAUUAGUUCUGACAGACCAGUCGUUCUACGUUCGGGUGUGUUCUGGACCACAUAAUGGUUCAUCCUCUGGGGACAACACUACCAGUUACUGAAGAUGCAGCCUUUAAGAAGCUUCACCAGCCUCACCUGGAUGUUCCUCACCUGGUAGUUCCUCACCUGGUAUCCCCUCACCUGGCGGCCCCUCACCUGGUGACCCUUCACCUGUUGGCCCCAACCUGGUAUCCCCUCACCUGGCUACCCUUCACCUGUUGGCCCCUCACCUGGUGACCCUUCACCUGUUGGCCCCAACCUGGUAUCCCCUCACCUGGCGACCCUUCACCUGUUGGCCCCAACCUGGUAUCCCCUCACCUGGCGACCCUUCACCUGUCGGCCCCUCACCUGGCGACCCUUCACCUGGUAUCCCCUCACCUGGCGACCCUUCACCUGGUAUCCCCUCACCUGGCGACCCUUCACCUGUUGGCCCCUCACCUGUUGGCCCUUCACCUGGUAUCCCCUCACCUGGCGGCCCCUCACCUGUCCCCUACAGGUCUGAUGGAACGUUUUACUGUCAGUCGGCUGAACUGAAGGAUCUUCUUGGGUGAAGGUGAAACGUCUUCAGGAACCUAAAGAGAAGUAAAGGUUCUACUUGCUGAAGCUCUGAGGUUCCUGUGAUCCAGAUGAAUCCUCAAAGAUAACAGACCAGCAUCAUAUUUCCAGUGGGACAGUGAACGCAGCACCGUCCACACAGUUUUAGGUUGAACUGAUCUCCUGUCAGAACUGUGCAGGUCCAGAGCUGGUUCUGGUCUGACAGAGCUCUGUUCACAAACGUCUUUUCACAUUAAAUCUAAACUGUGACUUCUUUUUCUCAGAUAUUUUAGCUUCCAUCAGCAGCGUCUCCUUCAUGAACCUGUGAUCUGGAGAAUUUCAAAGUAAAAGUCUUUUUAAAUAGAACAUUCAGCUAAAUGUGUCAUCUGUGGUUAGCGGGACUAUAAUUAGUGAGAUUCUGUAGAACUGAAGAGAUUCGGGUCACCAGCUGGUGGAGGCGACCUGUGGCAGGUUCAGGUGCUUCCGGUUCACCACACUGACGGCUGUUAGAGCUUCUCAUGAGUUCUGUGGUUUGAGUCGACCAGCAGAACCCCAGAAUGUUCCAGAAAGAGUCGCGUUCUGAAGCUGAAUGUUCAUUAAAAACAGCGACCCCAAACUGAUCCAAAGACUUUUAGAUCAAGAACAGAAUAACUUCAUUUCAGAUCAACACUCGAGAUGUUUAAAAUGUGAAAAUUUAGAGUCAAAUACUUAUAAAGUAAUUUUUUUAAAAAGUGUCCGUUGACACACACACACACACACAUAUAUACACACAGUCAUGUAAAAAAAUUAGGACACCCCAUUGAAUAUACAGUUCUUAAGAAAUGUUCACAUAUUGAUGUCCAAUCUUGUUUUUAUUUAUCUCUGGGAAAGAAAGUGAUUUAAUUGCAACAAAAACAACAAAAAAUAUCCUUGUUUUUCUCAUUAAACAAAAGAUAUCAACAAAAAUCCACAUUCAAACUGAAGAAAAAAUUGGGACACUCUACCCAUUAAUAGCUGGUGUUACCCCCUUUGGCUGAAAUAACUUCAGUUAGACGCUUCUUGUAGCCAUCUACCAGUCGCUGACAUGGGCUGAAGAAAGUUUUCCCCACUCCUCAAUGCAAAAUUCUUUCAGCUGUGAGAUGUUUGAGGGGUUUUCUUGCAUGUACAGCCCAACAGUCACCCAACAGCAUCUCAAUGGGAUUAAGAUCUGGGCUUUGACUUGGCCAUUCCACGACUCCAUUUCUUAGUUUUCAGUCAGUCCUUGGUGGAUUUACUGGUAUGUUUUGGGUCAUUGUCAUGUUGCAGGGUCCAGCUCCGCUUCAGCUUUAAUUUUUUCACAGAUAGUCUCUCAUUAUUCUCAAGCACCCUCUGAUGCAUGGCAGAAUUCAUGGUGGAUUCUAUAAUGGUGAGCUGGCCAGGUCCUGCUGCAGCAAAGCAUCCCCAAACCAUGACACUUCCACCUCCAUGCUUCACAGUUGGUAUGAGGUUUUUUUCCUGCAAUGCUGUAUUUGGUUUACGCCAAACAUGUCCUCUGUUCUGGUGUCCAAAUCAUUCAAUUUUAGACUCAUCUGUCCAAAGAAUAUUAUUCCAGAAGUCCUGGUCUUUGUCUAUGUUCUCUCUGACAAACUUCAGUCUGGCCUUCAUGUUUCUGUUAGAGAGCAACAGUUUCCUUCUUGCACGCCUCCCAUGAAAGUUAAACUUGUGCUGUCUCUUUCUGAUUGUAGAGGCAUGUACUUUCACAUCAACAGUAGCAAGAGCCUGCUGUAAGUCCCGUGAUGACAUUUUAGGGUUUUUGGAGACUUCUUUUAGCAUCUUGCCUUAUAUAUUUAACAGGGUUAAAGAUAAAAACCUGAAGUUUUCUCUGUUAUUUCUCAUGUCAUUGAUUCAGAAUCUGUCAUAUUGGACAGUAGAUCAAUAAUCUGUGAUAAUGGUGAGCUGAUAUGAUAUUUUCUGAACUACAUGUAGCUUCAUGUCAGUAAUACAAACUAAACACACAGAAGUCUUUAAUAUGAAAUACUGGGUCUCAGAAGUUAAAGAACAUUAUUUUAGGUGAACUUCCAGAACUGAUUAAGCAGGUUUGACAAACUGAACCACAAAAACAUGAAUAUUAACUAUAAAUAUAAAAUCAUUAUUUGAUGUAGAAAUGCUAAAUUUCACUAAUAUGUCCCCAAAUAUUCAGUUUAUUUUGUAAAAACUUUUAGGCAAAUCAGAAGCUCGUCUAAAAAUGUGAUGAUUUGGGACGAAAUGAUCCAAAAGCUCAUUUUUAUUUUUGAUGUAAUUCUGACAGAAAUAAACACAAAAGUUCCACAAACACAGAAACAGAAAGUUUGUUGUGACUAAACUCUUCUGUGGUUUUAGUGGAAAGUUUUAAAAACAAACUGAGCUGUAGCUGAAAGCAUCAGAAGGUUUCCUGUUUUCUGGUCAGAUCUGAAGGUGUUUCAGCCGCUGAUUACGACGUUCAGUUCAGCUUCUGGUUUCUGCAGCUGGUUCCUGUCCAUGACAAGAGAGAGUCUGAAGGUGAGUUUAUUUUUAACUCGUCUGCUUUAACCUGCUUCCUGAACCACCUGUUCCUCCUACAGUCGCCAUGGAAACGCUCUGCCUGUAAGAGACUUAAAACUGGAACCAGUAAAACCAGCAGCUCAGACUGGAAACAGAAUCUAGACCAACAAAGAUCAUCAUCAGUGAGUCCUUCUUCUGGUCUGGCAGGAGAACAGAGAGGAUGUUGAGUAACGUGGUGAAGAAGGUUCAUGACUUCGCUAGCAGCUCGCUGUGGCGUUCCAGCUGCAUUCGGGACGUCGAGUCGCCUCAGGAGGGUCGACUGCUGCGGGAGCUGGAGGAGCUGCAGAAGGUGGAGCUGUGGCGGCUGCACUGGUGUCUGAGCCAGAACCUGCAGCCCGACGUCCCGCCCAUCCCGCCCCACUGGCUGCGCUCCGCCGACGCCUGCAGCACCGCCAAGACCAUGAUCAGGUGUUACCAGGAGGACGGGGCGCUGGUGAUGCUGGCUGCAGCCCGCGCUCUGAUUGGUCACGACGAUCAGGACCGUCACCUGCACCGCGCUGCCGGCCCUGUCUGGUCCAGACCGGCUCUGACACCUGAUCCAGACUUCAUAAAGACUCAGCGCCGGAGGCUGAUCAGCCGAAUCCAGAGACCCGGGAAGCUCCUGCAGACGCUGCUGAGGAACAGCAUCCUGAACACCACCAACACCGAGGCUGUCAGCAUCUACGCUUCCUGCCAGGACAAGAACCGGGCCCUGGUGGACCUGGUUCUGAGGACUGGGGGCGAAGCACAGAGGCUGUUCUGCCAAGCCCUCAGCCAAUCAGAGCCAUUCUUAAUUCAAGAGCUGCAGGACUGUCCAACCAGUAGCCAGGAUGCCUCAGAGACGUCGGUCGUCACUGAGAUGUUGGACCUCCUGGUCUCAGAUGAACUCCGGUUGUUCCAGUGGUUGGUCAGCGAUCACAUGACUGCAGAAAAUGGCCAUCUGAUUGGUGGAGAACAGCUACAGAACGCAGACCAGCCAACAACCGCGAGACUUCUGAAGGAACAACUCGGACCUGAACAGGCGGAAAGCGUCACCAUGACGACGCUGCUGAAGAUCUUUCCAUCACUGCGUGUCUGUCUGAAAGGAGCAGCCGCGACAUCACAGACUUUGUCUGACAUCAGAGUGGAGACCAACGCACCACCGGUUGAAAUCACACCUGAAGUUCAGGAGAACGGAGACGUGUUCAGGUUGCGUUGCCUGCAGCCUGCUGUGUUCCGCUGCAGUCUGACUGGGUUGCUGCUGGAGGGUUGUGGUGAUGUUCUCUAUCAGAUGGUUCCGUGGGAUUUGGACUUCUUGGCGUCUAAAGACCUGAGGCCGGCCGGGCCGCUGUUCAGGUUCCAGCUGCUGUCCGGACGUUUCCACCGACUCCACCUGCCGCACAGCCAGCUGCCAUCAGGUGGUGGUAAGCACUCCAUGUCUGUCGCUCACGUCACUGGGGACUGUGUGGAUUUCAUCACACCUGGUCAGGUGACCGACAGUCACGUGAUCGUUGACAUCUCAGGCUUCUCUUGUUUCGGUCUGGUGAAGCCGGUGACGUCCGGCGGAGCGAUCCACGGCCUGGUGCUGCUCUUCUCUCAGCCCGCCUCCUCCACGCUGUACGUCCUGCUGCUGCCCAGGAACAUCUGCCUCUCUCAGGUGAGGAAGGAGUGGAAGCGUCGGAUUGGGGCGGAGUACGUGGAGGCGAUACCCAACUGCGAACUGAUCCCGAACCAGACGUACAAACUGUAUGGAGAGCCAGCCACUGGCAUCCAACCAGAGAUUUCCAAGUUCACUAACUUCAGCGACUACAACAACUUCCUGCCAUCUUUCGAGGUGCAGCUUCCGGCCGGCGUCGCCAUGGUGAAGCUGCAACUGAUGAGUCAUGUGACACCACACCCUCUGAUUGGCUGGCUGUUCGGCCCUAAAGAAUCUAAUGUGUGGACCAGAGACAUCACCCUGAGAGCACCGGUUCUGAGGUUGCGGCCGAUGGAUGCGACCCAGCAGCUGAUCCAGGUCUUGGACCAUCUCCGUUCGGAGGACUUGAAGGCCUUCCAGCACCUGCUGACCCUGCAGUCCGACCCAAUCCCUGUGUGUCGGCUGGAGGCGGCAGACAGAACCGGCACCGUGGACCUGAUGGUCCAGAAGUACCACGCAGAAGGUGCCAUGCAGGUCACUGAGGAGAUCCUGCGACAGCUGAACUACAACCAGCUGGCUGAGGAGCUGCUGAGCUGAUCCAGAACCUUCCUGCUCAUCAGCUUCAAGUCUUUUACACUGAAAGAGUCUUAAUUUGGUUAUUUUAUGUCUUUGGGAGAUUUUGUUUUACAUGCUGGUAUCUAAACUUUAUUGUUUUUAUUUGUAUUGUUCUGGACAUUUCCAUCCAUUUUCAAGUCAGUUCAGAUUGAAGUACUUUGUGUUCUGAUGGAUUAUUUAUUUCUGUGAUGAAUAAAAACACGUAAAGUUUC